AUGACGGCCACCGCCGAAGAGGCCGCGGCGCCGCAUGAAUUCCCCCUCCCCAAGAUCCUCACCAACCCCGCGUCGACCCCGCCAACCCUCAUCACCCAAGGCGCCGAAGGCCGCCUCUACAAGACGACAUACCUGCUCCCCGACAUCCCCUGCGCCCUCAAAUAUCGACCGCCCAAGCCCUGGCGGCACCCGGUCCUCGACCAGCGCCUGACCAAGCACCGCAUCCUCUCCGAAGCCCGCAUCCUCUCCAAGUGCCGCCGCGAUGGCCUCCGCGUGCCCGACGUGUACGCCCUCGACGAGGCGGCGGGCUGGCUGAUGCUGGAAUGGGUGCAGGGCACGCCCGUGCGCAUCAACAUCAACCAGCGGCUGGGCAGCAGGACGGAGGGCAUCGAGGACGACGACGAGCUCAAGGACCUGAUGCGGAGGAUUGGCGCCGCGGUGGGCAAGAUGCAUAGCAUUGGCGUGAUCCACGGCGACCUGACAACGAGCAACAUGAUGCUCAAGCCCCCCGCGCAACAACAACAGACCACCGAUGGUGCGACCGGACUCGAGGGCGAGAUCGUCAUCAUCGACCUGGGGCUUGCCAGCGGCGGGGUUCACGACGAGGACCGCGCGGUGGACUUGUACGUUCUUGAGCGGGCCUUUGGAAGCACGCAUCCCCGCGCCGAGUGCAUCUUUGGCGAGGUUCUGGACGCAUAUAGACAGUCAUAUAAGCAGGCUGGUGUGGCGCUCAAGAAACUAGAAGACGUGAGGAUGAGGGGCCGCAAGAGGAGCAUGCUUGGCUAA